UCGUCGCCGGUUUUUCAUCCCCCCGCCACUAUUUACCCUAGAUUUUUUUUUCUCUUUGCUACUGAAUCCCGCUUUUUCCCAGACAUUUCAAUUUUCAAUUUUCAAAACUCAAAACCUCUCUCUCUCACUCUCUCUCUCCCUCGAUCUCUCGCAGCGUCAGGAUAUCUAACUGAAGUCUAAUCAGCGGGGAAUAUUCCGGUGGUUCAGAUGGCUGAUCUGAGCCGGAGUUCAACUUUAGGGGAGGAUCCUUUACAUGCUUACUCAGGUCUGUCGUUGUUUCCUCGCACGCUGAAAUCCUUGUCCAAUCCUCUUCCUCCUCCUCUUUAUCAAUCAGAAGAUCUACACCAGACGCAUACUCUCCUUGAAUCUAUGCCUUUCGAAAUUCGAACGGAUCAUCAGGAACAAGCCAGGGCCAUCUUAGAUGAGAGCUCAGCAUUUUUAAAGCAAGGCACUGGAACCAGUGUAGCAUCCCAAGAUACGAAUGAAGGUGACAAGAUCCCAAAUAAACGAGAAAGAAGACCGGGAUUAAACCGUAAGCGAGGACACUUUACUUUCAAGCCUACGACAAGUCAACCACCUCCAAAUGAACCAAGCUUCGAUCCUAGUAAAUAUCCGAAACCUGAAGACUUUUUUGCUGCGUAUGAAAAAUUUGAAAAUGCCCAACGAGAAUGGCAGAAGCAGAGUGGCACAUUUGUACCAGAAACACACCAGAACCAGCCAUCGACCCGCCCUCGCAGACCAGGUCUUCCUGGGAGAAAACGGGGUUCAUACAAGCAUACUUAUACGGAUAGUUAUUUAACUUACCUGAAAGCUUCAGAAAACGAAAAUCCCAUUCCUUCAGAACAUACUUUAGAGAGGACCACGGUUGCACCAGUAACGACUGCGGACAGAGAAGUAGAUGAUUCAACCGUAAACACAGACAAGGGCUUAGAAAAAGUUUUGACUGAGUUGCUUGCUUGCUCUCCGGAUGAGCUUGAUGGGGAUGCUGGUGUCAAGCUUUUGGAGGAACGUCUGCAUAUCAAGCCCUUUGAUAAACAAUUGCUUUCUCUCCCUAAACUUCCUGAAUUUCCAGAUGUUAGAAGAAUGAACUUGAAGGCACCUGGAAGGACCCCACCAAACCAAAGGACUGCGCUAUCAAAUAUACAGAAUCUGCUAAAAGGGAUCAACAAAGACGCGACUCGAAAAAAUAGCCCGUCAUCAGCAUCAAGUCCACCAGAGGAUCACUUUUCAUUUCCCGACAGACAUUGUCUACUUGCAGGAGAUCGACAGUCUAGAGAGGAUAAUCUAGCAAAGGAUUUGAAUGUCUGUUUCAGAUCCUCAGUGGCCAACGAUGCUGAUGAAGUUAUAACUAAUGCAUCCCGGUCCAAUGUGGGCACUACACACGUUGCCUGCGAAUUCAACAGCUCAGUGCAGAAGAGUUCUACUGGAGGUGGUUCUGAUACUCAUUCUGGCAUCCACAGAUCUCUUACAAGUCCAGAUAGGAACACAGAUAAUUGUGUGGACGAUAGCUUCGCAAACAUAACUUCAGCUACGCUAGAGAUGAAUGUAGAUGUUCACACAGAAGGAAAUGAGGGAGAUGCGCUCAUGAGUGAAAGUGAAGCAAACAGAAACACUGGCAGAAGAGAAAAUGAUGCCGAUAUCAAUGAAGAAACUGAUCAAUUAGAUAACCUGGCGGAAUUUGCAUCGAGAGAGGUUGCAAGAAUGGAUCCUUCUACUGUAGAAGAGGAUAGCAUCCCAGAUAAGCAAGACGAAUCCUCAGAAUCCCCAAACAGAGCUCCAGAACAAUACAACAUAACGGAUGGAUCCUUUGAACAUACAGAGCACAUUCAAGGACAACAUGGAAAGGAAAGUGACAACACAGACACAGCUUGUGAGCUUCAAGUAGAAAAUGCUCAGCAGGAGGUUCACAACUCUCCACAAAAACAAACAAAGAAACGAAGAAAGGGAGGAUCUCGUGAUAGCAAUAUGAAAAAGCGAAGCAAAACCGUGCAUGGUGAGAGUGAGGGGGACAAGCAAAUGAAAACAUCUUCUCAUGAAAAUGGAGGAAAGAAGCAAAGCAAAGGAAAAUCGAAGGAGAGAGAGGAGAAGAAGCAAACGAAAAAAGGAACAACACGUGAGGGUAAAAUAUUCUCUCGGAGGAAAAGCCUUCUAGCUGCUGGUACUAAAUGGGAAUCUGGUGUCAGACGAAGUACAAGGAUUAAGUCGAGACCACUUGAAUACUGGAGAGGUGAAAGAUUCUUGUACGGACGUGUUCACGAGAGUUUGACUACUGUUAUCGGCAUAAAGUGUGAAUCUCCGGGAAAUGUAAAAAGCGACAAGCGCGCAUUGAAGGUGACAUCAUAUGUCUCUGAUGAUUACAAAGAGCUGAUUGAUCUUGUCGCCUUGCAUUGAAGGAAGAAUAUGUUCAAAGCAAUCGAUCCUCCUUUUUUAGUUUUUAUCAUAACUCUAUUGAUGCGUUAUCUGUAUGAUUGUAUCUACGACUAGCAUAAUUUUGGUCCAAACCUGUCACUGUCUUUCUUUCAAACCGCAACUGUUUUUGGACAUUCGAAAACGGAACCGUGCGUUUCAACUUUCAGUUGGUUUCUUCUUCCAUGAUUACAAGUCAAGUUGCC